CCUUUGGCCUUUUGGGAAGAGCAUAUGUCCCCUUGGUGGUGGUAAUAAUUUUGGGAUCCAUUUCGUAUUGUAAAUUUUUUGGGACAUUCUUGUUUCGGUUACUCGCUACAAAUGUCGAAUAAAGUUAAAAUUAGUAGCUGGUCCACUAUGAAAAUUUAAUUUGACAUCGUUAGCGAAUAUUUCGAAUGUGUCUAUCUAGUCAUUUUUCGACACUAUUUUUGAGGAGCGAUUUAUCUCUAUUUAACUUGUGCAAAAAAGAAGAAUCAAUUGUCCCAUCGUUUUGUCUGGCUGAUUUUUGUGAUCCAGUCACCGAAAACUUCCAUCAUUCCGUCAAUAACCGAGUGCCAACCCGCAGGGUGGCAAUCAUUUGAUAAGGGUUCUAUCUGCGAUAGGCUGGUAGACCAGUCUGUUGUAGGAUCUUUGGUUAAUAGCGACAACUGGAAGUUGUCUUUGAACGCAGAGCCUCCUUGGCUUUGCUAGCAUCCCCAACUGAUUCUUUGUUUUAGCUCGCCUCCCCACGACUCUCACAAUUCUCACUGACAGCUGCCUCAUUGCUGACUAGCUUCUAUAGAGUUUUAUUUUAAUUAUAAUCAAUCCCCCCAAAAAGCGUUUUAUCAUCAUGAAGGUAACAAAUUUGGAUGAGCGCAUUCAUGUGCUGGACAAUUCCUCAAAUGUAUUGAGUGUCAUUAAAAAAAUCGCCAACAGCGGCGUUCAAGAAGAAGCUUUCUACAUUUUUGACGUUGGCGAUAUUGUUCGCAAACAUCAAAUUUGGAAAGAAAAAUUACCUCGUGUCGAACCCUAUUAUGCUGUCAAGUGUAACGAUAAUGUCACUGUUUUGGAAGUUCUUGCUGCCCUUGGUACUGGCUUCGAUUGUGCUUCAAAAGCUGAAAUAAACAAAGUUCUUAAUAUGGGUGUAAAUCCCUCUAAAAUUAUUUUCGCUAAUCCGGCUAAACCAGCUUCUCACCUACGUUAUUCUUCGUCAGUUGGUGUUGAUAUUAUGACUGUUGAUAAUGAAAGUGAAUUGUACAAGAUCAAAUCUCUUCAUCCUACAGCUAAGCUCGUGAUUCGCAUUCGUUGCGAUGCGGAGGUUGCUCUAUGUCCUUUGGGUAUUAAAUUUGGUUGCGAUGCAGUUACUGAAGCGCCAAAUUUAAUUCGUUUAUCGCGCACAUUGGAUUUAGAUGUUGUGGGCAUUAGUUUUCACGUUGGCUCAGGUUGUCAGGAUCCACCGGUUUAUUUGCGUGCAAUUCGAUUGGCUCGUGAACUUUUUGAUUUUGCCAAGGAUAUGGGUUUCAAGCCAUAUUUACUUGAUAUUGGCGGUGGAUAUCCAGGUGACAGGAAUAGUAGCAUUGAUAAAAUGGCUGAUACCAUUAAUCAAGGAAUAGACGAAUGUUUCGAUACGGAUGACGUGAAAAUUAUCGCUGAACCAGGACGAUUUUUUGUGGCAUCUGCAUUUACACUCGCAGCAAGCAUUCACAGUAAACGAUCAGUUCGAGGAGACAAAACAAGCCCACAUACAACUACGCAUAAUAUGUAUUACAUUAAUGAUGGUGUUUAUGGAUCUUUCAAUUGUUUGCUCUAUGAUCAUCAAACUGUGACGCCUUUGCCACUGAAGAAUGGAUCGGGAAAAAUGAUACCGUCUAGCAUUUGGGGACCGACUUGCGAUGGAUUAGAUCAAGUUGUCGAACAUGUACUUCUACAUGAAAUGGAACUUGGUGAUUGGUUUAUUUUUGAAAAUAUGGGUGCUUACACUUUGCCAGUGGCUUCAACUUUCAAUGGAUUUCCCGUUCCGAAAGUUCAUAUAAUUGCUGAAAAUCAUAUCUGGCGUGGUUUAAAGAAUAAUUUACCAAUAACUGAGGAACAUUUUGUGAUGGGUAAUGUACCGGAAAAUUUGAAUUAUGGCCUCGAUAUUGGAGGAAGUGACAUGGUAACAUGGGCAAAUGCUAAAGUUGACAUUUCAUCAAAUAAUAUUCUAAUUGAUUCUUCAAAUACUUCGUCUUUCAUUUAUGAUUACGUUGAAGUUGAUCCAUUGCAAUAGCAAUUUGACAAUAUUUUUAAUUUGACAAAUAAUUUUUUUCUUUUUUUCUCUCUCAAUCUCUCUCUUUAUUGACUAUGUGAAACAAAAAUUAUGAUUGAUAGAAAUUUAGAAAGAUUUUUCUUUUAAAAAAUGAUGAAAUGUGAAAAAUUCUACAUUCAAAAAGAAAAACUUUUUUUAAUUUUGUCUCGAAAGUAGUGAGUCUCGAAUUAAUUUUAUUUCAGAUCAAAUUUUAUUUAAAAAAAAAUGAUUAUAAAGAUUCCAUAUUGAUGACAUGAAUUUAUCGCUUAAAUAAUGUUGAAAAGAAAAUAGUUUUUUUGUAGUUGAAUUUUUUUUUUGUUUUAAUAUUUAAAAUGUUGAAUUGCUUAUUUUAAAAUCAAUAGCAGGCCUUUUAUUAUGUAAUUUUUUGUUUAUUAUAAAUUAUUUUAUAUUGUCGCUAAUGAUUUUUGGUAAAAUAUUUUGGGGGAGGAGAAGAAUUUUCUUUUUGUUCGAUUAAUUUAUUUUUAUAGGGAUCAUAUUACAAGUUUAUUAUUGUAUUUUAAAAUAAUAGUUGAUUUUAAAGUAAUUGUAGAAGGAAAAAUUUCAAGUAUUCGCUUGAAAAACAAAAAAGAAAUGCACAAAUAGUAAAUGUUUCUAAAUUCUAUACAUAUAGUAUAAAUGGUUCGACUCUGUAGAAAUACUAGGAAACCCUUAAGGCAUUGAGGCAGCUGUCAUAUAUAAACAAAAAAGAUAAUUAGAUUUUUAGUCGUUAAUUUUAAAUUAUUACCUUGAUUGUAUUAUAAAUAAAUAAAUAUAUAUAUAUAUAUAUGUCUGCUAUAACUGUUAAUUAAUAAUUGUAACAUUUGUGUAAUGAAUUGCAUUAAAUCAAUAAAUUUGAUCUCCAAAUGUACAAACAAAAAA